GAUAUAAAUAAGCCUUGAACAUGUGUAACUAUUUCAAUUUUUAAAUUGUAUUUUUUGUAAUAAACCAGAACACUUAAGAAGAAGAUUUUUUCAUUUUUUGCGUGAAAGAAUAUGAUUUCUAUAUUUCAAGAGUUAAUAAAACACAUCUCUGAUAUUCACGCACUACGUAGAUAAAGAUUAAAGUAGAUACAGUGAAGCGAAAGAACCAACCAAUAGAAAUGUGAUUUUCAAGAAGGGGAAUAUUUUGCCGAUAAGCAAACUAAAAUUUUCUCAUUGCAAUAUAAUUAGGUAGUAUUAUUUCAAUACCAGUGUGAACAUUAGACUGGUGAUUUUGUCUGUUCCUUUACGUGCAUCAAACGUUGUAUUUCAAUCAAAAUUACUAUAACAAAUAUUCUUUCUCAGCUAAUAAAAACAUUCUAGUGAAUCUAAUAUACAGAGGGUAUGGAUGUACAAGAGCCGAAAGAAAUAAAUAAAAAUGAAAUCAAUCAGUCAAAAGGCACCAAAGACGUUGAAAUUAAUGAAAACAGUGGAAGCGAAGAAAUAAGUGAUGCUGUUCAACAAACAAAUUCAAGUAUUGGAGCACAUGUAAAAAAUUCUAAUAAACCAAAUACUACUAAAACUAAUAAUCUGAGAUCUGAACUAAAUAAAGAAGAAAACAAUGUAUAUGCUAAUUCUGACCAAAAGAAUACUCUCUCAGACCCAGCUUCUUCAGAAAACAAAGGAGAAUACAAAUCUUGUAUCGUUCAAAUGCAGGAGGUGUACCAAAAAACCGCUUUAGAGCUUAGGGUAAAUCCAUAUUACAAACGUUCAGAAAAAACUGAUACAAAAUCGAUUGGUUUUAAAUUUAUUAAAAGAAUUUAUAGGAAGAAAUCAUCUGUUGGUACAACUAACAGUUAUGAUGUUGGAGAUAUUGAUAAUCCAUUAACACAAGAGGAUGAUGAACCUCCGCAGUUGUCACAUUAUAUUUGUGCACAGGAUUCUGACCAGGCUAUUGAAGAUAGUAAACAAAGCAAGUUAUCUAUAAAUGAGGGAAGGAACAAGUCUCAUAAUCAAAAGGGGACUGAAAAAGAAGUGAAUCAAACUAAUGUAAUUAGGAAUGGAGACAUAAAAACAGUAAACAAAGAAAAUAAAGAAAAUUUUCUAUUUGUGAAAGAAAAAAAGGCGAAUAAUAAAAUAAACGACUCAAACAACAUCAAGAAAGAAAAUCAAAAUUCUUCUAAAGCCUUGUACCAAAUAAAGAAAGCUUCAACGAAGACUAAAAAAAUGAGUCCUAAUCGUCAAGCAAAAUUUGAUUUGUCAUUUGCGCGGCAACUUCAUGCGGAAUUGAAUCGACAAGAAUUUAGAAGAAGUGCUAAAAAUGAUAUCUUGUAUUAUCCGAAAGAUUCACUAUAAUUUAUCGAUAUAUAUCUCAUCUAUUGAUUUUAUAUGGAAAAAUAAGUUUUUUUUAAUUAUACUUGUCACCACAUUGAUA